UACCACAUUUCAAAUUAAUCAAUUUUCUUCCUGUAUGCAACCUUCUUGGCCCAAGUGCUGAAAAAAUACAACUUCUACCAACCAGUUCCAGAUGGCAGCUCCAUGCAUGCUUCCACCCUGUUUAACUGUUGUUCAAGCCCUAGGUGGAUGAGCUCUGCUUUCUUCAAAUCAAAGGGUUUCAUGACUGCGUGAAAAAUGGAUUCUCUGGAUCACAUGCUCACUGACCCGUUAGAGUUGGGGUCGUCUGGAGAAGGCAGUGGCACCCAAAUCAUGGAGGACUGUAUGCUGGGAUCCAUAAGAAUCAGCCUGCCAGAAGACCUCCUGGAAGAUCCUGAGAUCUUUUUUGAAGUUGUCAGCUUUUCAACGUGGCAGGAGGUGCUGGUGGAUUCACAACGAGAACACUUAAAAAAAUUUCUGCCCCACUUCCCAGAAGACAAUGCCGAGCACCAGAAUAACCUUAUUCUGUCUCUAUUCAGUGGAGAGAACUUCCGCUUUGGAAACCCCCUGCACAUUGCCCAGAAGCUCUUCCGAGAUGGACACUUCAAUCCUGAAGUGGUGAAAUAUCGACAGCUUUGCUUCAAGUCCCAGUACAAACGCUACCUGACUUCCCAGCAACAGUACUUCUACCGGUUGUUAAAGCAGAUCCUUGCCUCCCGGAAUCACCUGUUAGAACUUGCUAGGAAAGGUGGUCCUGACCUGAUCCUAAAGAGGAAACACUCUGCUGCUGCCUGUGCUGCUGAGGCGCGGGACAGACGAACACAUCAGCGAUACCUGAAAAUCCUCAGGGAGGUGAAAGAGGAAUGCGGAGACACUGCUUUAUCCUCGGAUGAAGAAGAUCUAAGCUCCUGGAUUCCAAAUUCUCCAGCACAUUGUCCAAGUCCUGCUGUUCCUCUUCGAGUGAUCCCCACAUUAUCAACUCAAGACAUGAAAACAGCAGAUAAACUCGAAUUUGGUGAGAAUGACCUGAAGAUGAUGCUGAAGAAACACCAUGAGAAACGCAAGCGCCAACCUAACCAUCCGGACUUAAUGGCAGGGGACUUGACCCUGAAUGACAUCAUGAUGCGUGUGAAUGCUGGCAAGAAGGGGUCCUUGGCAGCCUUGUUUGACCUUGCUGUCCUCAAAAAGAAGGUGAGGGAAAAGGAAGAGAAGAAGAAAAAGAAGCUGAAAGUGAUUAAAUCAGAAGCAGAAGACUUGUCAGAGUCCUUCGGCAACCCGGAAGGGAUUCCACCAAUGUCUCAGGAUCCAUCCCCUGUUCCGCUGUCAUCUGUCAAGGAAGAGCCUCUAGAAGACAUCAAGCCUUGCCUUGGAGUAAAUGAAAUCUCCUCUAGUUUCUUUUCUCUGCUUUUGGAGAUUCUGCUCCUUGAAGGACCCGCUACUCUCUCACUGCUUGAGGAUAAAGUCAUGGACUGGCAGUCCUCCCCCGCCAGCACACUAAACAGCUGGUUUUCCUUUGCCCCCAACUGGUCUGAACUCGUCUUGCCUGCCUUGCAGUAUCUCACCGGUGAUAGCAGAGAUACUCCUUCCAGUUUUUCUCCAUUUGUUGAAUUCAAAGAGAAAACUCAGCAGUGGAAACUGAUAGGCUCUUCCCAAGACCAUGAAAAGGAGCUGGCAGCGCUCUUCCAGCUCUGGUUGGAGACCAAAGACCAAAUGUUUUUCAAGGAUAACGAAGACAGCUCUGAUGCCACCACACCUGUUCCCCGAGUAAGGACUGACUACGUGGUCCGACCUAGCACUGGGGAGGAGAAACGUGUUUUCCAGGAACAGGAGCGUUAUCGAUACAGCCAGCCUCACAAGGCCUUCACAUUCCGCAUGCAUGGCUUUGAGUCAGUGGUGGGACCGGUGAAGGGUGUGUUUGACAAAGAAACGUCUCUGAACAAAGCUCGAGAACAUUCUCUGUUGCGUUCAGACAGGCCUGCUUAUGUCACUAUCCUGUCUCUUGUUCGUGAUGCUGCAGCUCGUCUCCCUAAUGGAGAGGGAACACGUGCCGAGAUAUGUGAGCUGCUUAAGGAUUCCCAGUUUCUGGCUCCGGAUGUCACCAGUGCUCAGGUUAACACUGUUGUGAGUGGUGCACUGGAUCGACUGCACUACGAAAAGGAUCCCUGUGUAAAAUAUGAUAUUGGCCGCAAACUGUGGAUAUAUCUGCAUCGAGACAGGAGUGAAGAGGAGUUCGAGCGGAUUCAUCAGGCCCAUGCUGCUGCCGCGAAAGCAAAAAAAGCCCUCCAACAGAAGCCCAAACCUCCUGCAAAGACAAAAUCCAGCUGCAAGGAGAGCUCGGUGAAAGUGGCUAGUGGUGGCAACUCUGAGCCAAGCCAGCUAAGCCUCAGUGAUUCCAGCAUGCCACCCACCCCGGUGACACCAGUGACACCCACAGCUCCUCCCUUACCGGCUAUGCCCAUUUCACCACCCCCGGUCUCCAUGGUUAACAAAAGCAUGCCAAGUGUUGCACCAGAGCAAGCUAAACCCAACCAAAGCAUCCUAUUGGUGUCUUCUCCUACCAUGCCACAGCUUGGGACAUUGCUUUCUACAGCACAGAGUACUCAGGCCCCAGCUGGACCACAGCAGCCCACCUCUCGAGCAGCCAGCCACACUGUCUCCUCCGGACUCCCACAAGUCCGAGUGGUUACAGCCCAGUCCAGCCUUCCAGCUGUCUCUCAGUCAGCCCCGACGAUAACCCAGCCACCGCCACCACUGCCACCAACUUCUGUCCCUCAGAUUCGCAUCCCUGCCACUUCUGCACAAACUAAAGUCCUGUCACAGACCAUUAUGACAGUCCCAGUAAAAGCUCAGACCAGCCCAGUCCAGGUGCAAAGGCCAGCCGUUUCAGUCACGGGACCUGCCAGCGUUGCUGGAACGGGAAUCUCUGCAGCCCUCAGUCCUGCUCCGAAGCCAGCAACUAGUUCUCCAGGCAGCUGUACGCCCAGCUCCUCCAUUGCUUCCUCCUCUUCUACCUCUUCCUCCUCCUCCUCUUCAUCUACUGCUGUCAUCCAGAACGUUGCCAGCCAAAGUAUCAUCAAACAGGUGGCUAUUACCGGACAGCUUGGCAUGAAGAAUCAGCCUGGGAGCAGCAUCCCACUCGCUGCCUCCAACUUCCGCAUCCAAGGCAAGGAUGUGCUGCGCCUGCCCCCCUCCUCUAUCACCACUGACGCCAAGGGGCAGACGGUUCUGCGUAUCACCCCAGACAUGAUGGCUACCUUGGCCAAGUCCCAGGUCACUACAGUCAAACUGACCCAAGACCUCUUUUCUGCUGCUGCGGGGAGUGCAUCUGCUGGGAAAGGCAUCUCUGCGACUCUGCACGUGACAUCCAGCCCCAUCCAGUCUUCUGAUUCACCAGCCAAGACCAGUGCACCCACCUCUGCUUCACCAAGCCCAGCAGGGCCCACAGUUGUCAAAGUAACUCCUGACUUAAAGACCGUUGAGUCUACUAGCUCAGCGUUCAGACUGAUGCCUGCUCUAGGCAUGACAGUAGCAGACCAGAAGGGCAAAACCAUUACCACCAUGGCAUCCACAGAAGCCAAACCAGCUGCUACUAUAAGAAUUGUGCAAGGAAUGGGAGUGAUGCCCCCCAAAACUGGGCAAACCAUUACUGUUGCCACUCAUGCCAAACAGAUGCCCUCUUCAUCUGCAGUGAGUGUGCCAGGCACAGGCCACACCUCGGCUGUUUCUUUGCCGACCAUGACUGCUUCUGUGUCAAAGGCAGUUGCUGUCGUGUCAGGAGGAGCUGGGACACCCAUAACUAUAGGGACAGGAGCUACCACUAUGCGGCAGGUUCCAGUCAGCACCACUGUUGUCUCUACCUCCCAAACAGGGAAGCUACCUGCCAGAAUUACAGUGCCUCUCUCAGUCAUAAGCCAGCCUGUGAAAGGCAAGAGUGUGGUGACCACCCCCAUUAUCAAAGGCAACCUUGGAGCCAACAUCAGCAGUCUGGGUAGAAACAUCAUCCUGACUACGAUGCCAGCCGGAACAAAACUGAUCGCUGGGAACAAGCCUGUGAGCUUCCUCACUGCUCAGCAACUGCAACAACUGCAGCAGCAAGGCCAAGCAACACAGGUGCGAAUUCAGACGGUCCCAGCUUCCCAUCUCCAGCAGGGCACAGUGUCUGGCUCUACCAAAACGGUCUCCACAGUGGUUGUGACUGCGGCACCAUCUCCCAAACAGACACAAGAUCCUCAGUAAAUUCAGCUGCAGAACAUAACUUUUUCAGAGUUUAAGCUAGUCCUCUUCUCUCCUGCUCAUCUUGGGUUAGAACUGAUACCCAGAAUAUUGGACUCUCCCAUGAGGAAUGUUUGCCCUUUGAUUGGACACAGAAUAAAACAGACCCUAAUACAAGCACCACAGGGUGCUAUAUUUAAUAACUUAAUAUCUUCAUAUUAAGAUGCAGGACCAGCAGUCCAGCUAGGCAUUUUUUUUCUUUUUGGAUUUUCCUCCUGAAUGACCUUUCUGUUCAUGAUCUGCUGCUAAUGCUCAGAUUAAAGUUGGCGUUUCAGCAGAGUUUACUGAACACAGCAAGAGGAACCAUGACGGUCAUGGAAGAAUUGGGCAAGCGGUUUUGGACUUGGACUUAAAUUUUAUCCUUUCCUCCACUGUUCUGGUGCCCACUCAGAUGGUGGGUUUUUAAUAGCUUGAUGCGUAAGCAUUUGUGUAUGUCUGUUUUAUAAUUUUAAUUGUUUUUAGCAAAGGCUUUUUUCUUGCUGAAUGUCCUUCUCUCUGUCUGCACAGACUUCUGCCAAUCUGCUUUAUCCUCAUCAAUUUUUGCAUAUUGUGAUAUACAAAAGAGAGCUCUUGGUGGAGGAAAGGCACAGAAGAGAUGUUUGUGGUGUGGGGAGGGCAAAACCAAAAGAACACAGCCUUUCUAGUAAUUCCUUAGUGGCAUCAUCUUCAAAACGCAAAGGAGCAGAACCAGCUUAUGUGUUCCAGGCUCAGUUCCCGCUCAUCUAUUUUAACUGAUGUUGGUUGUAACUGUUGAUUUUAUUCCCUCCUCCCCCCCCCUUUUUUUUUUAGUAAAAAGCUACCAGAAGACAUCUGUCAUUGGCACCUUUACCCAAAACUUUUCUCAGUACAUUUAAGACAGAAGUGAAAAGAGGCAUCUAGUAUGGGAAUAGAUGGGCCUGUGUCCCUACUUUGUUUGGCUUAAAGCUGCAGAAUAAAGUUGCCCAUACUCUGAACUUAAAUAUUUAUUGCCUAACCUGUUAGCUAGUCUUGGCUUGUUCAUCUGUAAAAUGGUUUCUUAGGCAUUGUCUCCUCAUUUUUUAAAAAACCAGUUUGUCUUUCAGGCUGCAUUUGAAUAUAUUCCCCUAAAAAUUAA